AUGUGUACGCCACCAGUACACAGGGGAGAUAACCCUGCUCCCAGGACUUUUAGCAUAUCUGAGUCUUCCUUUCUCAAUCAGCUGCCACCUGGAGGACCGAAGCCUUCAAAUGUUGACAGGGUUGAUAGCUCUGGGAAUGCUAGAAAAACCUGUUGUUAUAACACCAAUCUGACCUUCAACAGACCUGAGAACAAUGUGUAUCGGACCAGUGCUGAAUUUUCCACGCCGUCUCAAACCGUACAUGUUAACAAUACAAAACCCAAUAACAUUAUUCACAGUAUUGACCUAACGAGGUCCGAAAGUCCUACUUUUUGUUCUCCCCAGAACCGUGUGAAUGGAAUGCAUAAUAACUGUCGUUUUCAGACUCCUACCCAUGAUGUUGCAAGGCGGGAGACUGUUCACAUAGAACCGACACAUCCAAUUUCUGUUGAUGUUGGAAGACCGGAGAGGUCACCAUCUCCUGAUAUUAUCCCGCUGGGUGUGUUCAACCUUGCAGUUAAUCGGCGGCCCGAGUUUGAUCUGUCGAUCACUCCACAGCCAAUGAGGAAUCGCACUGGCAGUCGAAGACAUGCACGGGCAUCAGGGCUGAGACGAAACCGGAUGGGGAAUAUUAACAAUAGCGCAGCUCUGGAUGACGGUAUCUCGCCAACGACAACGCGGCUGAUGUCGGAGGUGUCAGUCAGCAAUGACGCGGACGAGGCUGUGAGUCUAGUGAGACAAAUGGAGGAUGAUGAACAGUAUGCUCGCAGGUUGCAGGAGGAGAUGGACAAGGAGUUUGCAAUGUCCCUCCAUCAAGCAGAUGCAGGUUUUGCACAGUCGGACCACGCAGGAGCAUUUGGAGCAGAGGAGGCAGCAUGUCCACCAGCACUCUCCCCAACAUUCCUACAGUAUUGUCGUAGUCCUGUCCGUCGCCGUGGUUACAACAGCAACCGACAGCCAGUCAUCAGAAGACGCAGGGGAGCUGCAGCAGCAGAGCCAGAGGAAGCCUCUUAUGAGGAACUUGUUGUUGAUGGGCCAGGAUUUGAGCAUCCUAUGUUCCAGCAUGGUGCUCGACGCUUUCCUCCUGGGUCUGACCAUCCUCUAGCUCUAAUGGAAGCACACAUUCUGGCUCUUCUAGACAACUCCCCUGUCACUCGCCGUGGACGAAGGAGGGGAAACAAUGGUGGCCGCUUCCUACGGAAUCUACACAGUCCUGUUGGCGAUGGGAAUGACUACGAGGAGCUCCUGGAGUUGGCCGAGUCCCUGGGUGAAGUAAAGCAGAAAGGCAUGACAAAGUCCGAGCUGAACCGUCUCCCUAUACGCAAGUUCAAGAGUAGUGACAGCAGCGGUAACGACACCACAGACUGCCUCAUCUGCAUGUGUGACUACCAGGAGGGGGACAGUCUACGCAUACUGCCAUGUUGCCAUGAGUUUCACCAACCUUGUAUAGAUAAAUGGCUUAAGAACACCGCCACCUGUCCGAUUUGUCGUGUGGAUGUGAAAAACAGCAGCUGAGGAAGACAAUAUUUAGUGUUGUAGGCUAGAUGACUGUUAGCUGUUGUCCUGAUGUGACAAGGAACCCUAUAUGCUUGUUGGUACAAGUGGUAGUAGAUGAUACUGUCUGUAGGAUGGAAUGAAUCUGUUGGUGUUGGAUGUGCUUUUGUAUGCAUUUCUGUUUUAUUUAAAUGUGAGAAUAACCGUAAAGAAUAUUUAUUGAAUCUAACCUCAUUCGAACAAAUAACCUGUCUCUCUGUCACUCAUAUCUCUGUAUUCAAGUCUUUUGCACAUUCAACAAACAUAAAACUGUUUCAAUGUAGGCCAUCAUUCUUAUUUCAAUGUACAACACACGUAAAACUGUUAUAAUUAGGCCAAGAAAAAAUGUUUCUCAACCAGAGCAAAUUGAGAAAGACCUGGGCCCGUUGCACAAAGCAAUCGUAGGUCUAAGACAAUCAUAAGCGUAUGUAAAAGUGAGAGAGUUACGAUAAUCUUACUAAGAACACUUGUGCAAUGAAGCCUUGGUCCUUUUGCACAAUGCUGGGAUCAUAAUAACUCCAAAAUUUCAACACACAUUUAUUAUAGUGUUAACGCUAACACAGUAUAUUCUAGAGGGCCCAUGUUUUGUGUGUAGUUUUUGUCAGUGAUUUUGACAAACUCACAAGCAGCCAUGAUGGUGUAGUAGGUUUAAAUAAGGGGAGGCAACUCUUUUGUUUAAAAUCCAGUCAUUCUUGAGAUUCUGAAUUAAUUGAAGACCAUUGAUUAACAUUAGUGUGAAAUAAUCCCCAAAUUAGAAAAGACUUGAAUAAAAAAUGUGUAUGACCCAUGUCGUGAGGAAUACUUUCUGUUUUGUCAUGGCCCAACUUUAAGAACUGACAUUAGCAAUGCUGGUCUUUGUCUGAUACACAAGCAAGUCAUUGUCAAGGAACGGUUGAGUCUCACACUGUACACUGUAUGAGUGGGGUAACCAUGGUUUAACUGUGACGUGGUAUCUCAGUAUAAGACUAUAAGAAGUACAAGACUGGCUAGUCUAGACUAGUUCAAACAGCACCUCUCCUGCAGUAUUCUAAGACAGAUGGUGUAGCCUAUUGGGCAGUCUGUCCACUAAACAACCCUAAGACACACACACACACACACACACCA